GUUUCACUCUCGCCAUGUUUUAUUUCAUGAAACUAUUUUUCCCUUUAAAAAUUCUUCUAAUUCUACUGAUUUUAAUGACCUUCAUCCAUUUUCUAGCAUGUCCCCAUCUCUCCCCCAAACUCUUAAUCACAUGCCAAACUCGCCACAUUAUUCCGAGCAAGUCGCGUCCCAUGGUGUCCUUCAUGAGCCCGUGCCAUCGUCAGAACCUGCUCGUGCAUCCCAGGUACGUCCCAUUCCCUCAUCUUCACCACUAUCAUCACCUAGUCCCCGUGCCCUUCCCCCUCCCACACUCCCUAGUGCACCUUCCUUGUCUCUCUCCUCUUCCUCAACCCUCUCCAACUCAUCCCACUCAUCCACCUCAUCCGGUUCUCCCAACCCUCCCUUGGCCCCACCCCAACCUCUUCGAACACAUCCUAUGGUUACCCGGGCCCAAAACAACAUUUUCAAACCCAAGCAGCUCUUCCACACCACUCCUACUCCUGCUACCACCUACUUGGAGCCCACCUGUGUAUCCCAAGCCUUGAAAGAACCUGUUUGGAGACAAGCCAUGUCGGAAGAGUUUACUGCAUUGGUUCGGCAAGGUACUUGGGAACUGGUGCCCCCAACUCCUGACCAGCAUCUUAUUGGUUGUAAAUGGGUUUUUCGUGUUAAACGAGGCAAGGAUGGUAGCAUUGAGAGCUAUAAGGCGCGUCUUGUGGCCAAAGGUUUUCAUCAACGACCUGGUUUUGAUUAUUUUAACACUUUCAGUCCAGUCAUUAAACCAACAACUAUUCGGACUGUUCUAUCUCUUGCUGUCAGUCAUGGCUGGCCCAUUCAACACUUGGAUGUUAAUAAUGCCUUUCUUCAUGGCAAAUUAGAGGAAACUCUAUAUAUGCAACAGCCUCCGGGUUUUGUUGACUCUGACAAACCUCAUUUUGUUUGCAGGCUUACAAAAUCUCUUUAUGGAUUAAAGCAAGCUCCACGAGCUUGGUUCCGGGAAUUAAAAGCUUUUAUCUUGUCCCAAGGAUUUUACAAUUCUAAAUCUGACAGCUCUCUGUUUGUCUAUCAUAAGGACUCUACUCGGCUUUACUUCCUUGUGUAUGCUGAUGAUAUUCUUCUCACAGGGAAUGACUCCAGUCUACUUCGUUCUCUGGUGCACAAAAUGGGGCAAUGCUUUUCUCUCAAAGAUCUCGGCCCUUUCACCUUCUUUUUGGGCAUUGAGGCUAUUCAAACACCUGCUGGGCUAUUGCUCUCUCAACACAAGUAUAUUCUUGAUAUUCUGUGUCGAGCUAACAUGGAUGCUGCAAAGCUCGUCUCCACGCCACUUCCUUUCAGUGCAAAUUUGAGCUCUUCGGCAGGUUCAGCUCUUUCAAAUAGCUCUGAGUAUCGCUGUAUCUUGGGUUCUCUUCAGUAUCUUACUCUUACUCGUCCGGAUAUCUCCUUCGCUGUAAGCCGAUUGUCUCAAUAUAUGCAUCAGCCUACUGAUCUUCAUUGGCAAGCCUUGAAACGUGUUCUUCGGUAUCUCCGGGGUACUGUAUAUCAUGGGUUGCUUCUUCGGCCACAGCCAUCUCUGUCGCUCCAUGCCUAUUCUGAUUCCGACUGGGCUGGUGAUCGGGACUCCUCUAUUUCCACCACUAGCUAUGUUGUUUUUUUGGGUUCUAAUCCAAUCUCGUGGCGGGCUGCUAAACAACAGGCGGUUGCUCGCAGUUCCACUGAAGCGAAAUAUCGUGCUCUAGCUGCCACUGCUUCUGAGUUGAUUUGGGUUCGCAAUCUCCUCUCUGAAUUGGGUGUCUCUGUUCCUCGCUCCCCUGCCAUCUUCUGUGACAAUGUUAGUGCCACCUACUUAAGUGUGAAUCCUGUUCUUCAUUCUCGCAUGAAGCACAUUGCCAUAGAUCUUCACUUUGUUCGGGACCUUAUGGAUCGCGGCUUUCUGCAUGUUUCUCACAUUUCUACCCAUGAUCAGCUUGCAGAUGGUCUUACUAAGCCCCUUUCUUCUGCUCGGUUUUGCUUGCUACGCUCCAAGCUUGGCAUCGCUGAUAGCUUUUCCGUCUUGCGGGGGCGAUAUCAGAUCAAUCACUCCACCUCACAGAAGGAAACCAAAUCUCAUCAGAUCAAUUACUCCACCUCGCAGACGGAAACCAAAUCUCCAUAAUAUGUUAUAUGUAUAUUAUAUUUAAUUGUAGUUUCCUUAUUUCCUAGGUUAGACAACUUGCUGAACUGUAUAUAUAUUGCUCUGUAUUUGCUUAAUGAAAUAUACAAAAGCUU